CUUUCCCGUGAUGCACUGCGCGAUUGUAACGUGUGGCAGUUAUGUUGGAUAAUAAGUAAUUUAAUUCGUAGUAAGUUCAUAAACACACGUUUAUGUGGUCGGAAUUUAUAAUGCAACCGACGUGUAGUGUGAGCAUUAAAAGUUGGUUAACAAAAAUAGCCCAAGCGGAGAUCUCCGGAGGGGACCGUUGUAACCGGUAACUAAGGCAACGACGAAUGACGUAGCUCGCGGGAGAAUAAACGUUAGAAGCUCAACGAGCUCGGACUGUUUACAUGUUGCGUUCACGAGUCUCAGUGGUUUGCUUUUGAACAUGGAGAGACAUAACUUGGGAAAAGAAAGGCUCAUAGUACCAACUGAGUUUACUUCGGUCUCAAGGAAUAUCCAGAAAGAUCUGGUACCCCCAUCGCAUUUUGCGUCGAGUGUCCAGUCCACUGGAGCACACAGAGGCGUUCAGAUCCCGGGGACAGCGCCACCCAUCUCCUGGAUGAACCCAGGCCUAACAUCAGUACCAUCAGAGGACCCCAGUCCUACCAAUCCAUGGCUUGCCAUCACUCACGCUCAACAGGAAGUCUUGGAGCUGAGGAAGGAAAAUCAGAGGAUCAUGAUGUUACAAGGAGAUAGCACAAGAGGAAGGAUGCCUGUUGAUUAUCCAUCAGACCUUAGGGCAAGAUUUGCAGAGAGAAGUGAACAGUGGUCCAGAUGGGAGUCAGAGUGGCAUCUAGAGGCAGAGAAGCACAAGGCAGAAGCUGAGAGGUUGAAGGGGCAAGUGGAGGCCCUGAAGGAGACUGCAGAGAGACACAGGGAAGAGAUGAGAGACAGAGACAGCACCCUGAACCGACAGAGCCAUGAGUUGGAAGCAAUGCGUGAGGAGCUAUAUAAGACUAAGACUGAACUCAGACAAAUCAAAGAGGAGCUUAUUCACAGCAGUGCACAGAAGGAGAAAAUAAGCUCACAGCUUGAACAACUAAAGGGAGAUUCAGGUGAGGAAAUUACAAAGCUGAGGAGAGAUAUAGAGAGGAGCAAAGAGGAGGCCCGGGAGCUCGCUCUGAAGGCUGACACGAGCAGGUUACAGGCUGAGGAGGAGGCCAAACAGCAUAUUCUUAGACUGUCAGAACAACUGGAGGAAAUGCACAAGAGGCAAGAGGUGGAGCUGCAACAGUUGACUGCUUCCCACUGUGCAGAAUUGGGUGCAGCAAGAAAAACAAACGGUGAACUACAGGACAGACUUCAAUCAAUGACCUCAGAAGUGCUGCAGCUAAAAAGCACUCUGAUGGAGGUUUCUACAGAGAGAGAUGGGCUGAAAGAACAUUUAAGCCAAAUGGGACAAGCUUUUGAGACACAAUCAGCAACACUGCACAGUCUCAGAAAUUACAUCGGCCAGCUCGCCCCAGAGAAAGGAGAGAAGGAACGAUUAAAUGACGCUGUUGAGAGGCUGAACAAAGAGAAAGCAGCUCUUGAGAUGACCAAUGAGCUUUUGACAGUGAGGUUGAACUCUGUGAAUGAGAUACUCACCCUACAAGAAGAGAAAAUGGUGAAGAAGACCUCGACAGGCCCACUUGUGAACAAUGGAUCUGAAGGUCUUCAAGUGCUUCAGCUCUGGCGAGAAAAAGUGUUCAGGUUAUGCGUCCAGCUUCGCUCAAAAGACAUUGAACUAAGAGGAGAGAAGGAAAAACUUCUUUCACAAGUCAGAUCCAUGGAGCAGCAGCUCCAACAGGAGCAGCACCAGGCCAGUGUGCUCCAACACAGUCUAGAUGACAGGGUAGCUGAGCUGGACCUGGAGAGAGUGGAAAAGGAGACAUUGAAACAAGACUUGGUACAGGCUCACAAGGAAAACUCACAGCUGAAGUCGCAGAAUCAAAAAGCAGAGGCUGAAUGUAAAACCCUUACAGAAGCAGUGCACAGGUUCAGUCUGGCAUUUAAGAGCAAGGUGGCAGUAGUGGAUGCAGCCCAAACAAGGCUCAACACUUUAACCCAGAGGCUAACCUUUGCUAAACGACGAGUGGAGACAAUCCAAGGUUUGAUAAUGAGGAGGGUGGCUCUGCAGAAAGUUCAUCAGGCCAGUAAACAGGCAGAACAGGCUGCUGACAACAUCACAAAGCUCCAGACAGAGCUCAGUUUGGUGUGUGAAGAGAGAGACAAGCUCACACAGGAGCUGAAAAGAACCCCAGAGCUCAUCGAGAAAGCACUGGCUGAUCUGAAAGAACAGUAUGAGGGAAAACUGAGGCAGCAGCAGCGGGAACUGGAGCAGUCCUGGAUGGAGGUCCGGCAGGCUGUGUCUGGCAGAGAGGAGGCCGACAAGGGCCUGCAGCAGAUCCAGGCCCAGCUGGAGGAGAGCAAAGUCAACCUGGAGAAACUCCGCUCUGAGCUGCUCAGCCAGCAGGAGGAGAGCGAGCGUGCACUGCAGGAGAGAGUGUCCGAGAUCAAGGACCGCUGUGCUGAGAAGCUGAGAGAGAUGGAGGUUCAAGUCAAUACUGCCAAGAGAGAGCACACCAAAGCAGUUAUGACUUUGCGGCAGUUUGAGAGAGAAGCAGCAAGGAAACAGGGUGAGAUGAGAGAAACUCAACAUUUGGGGAGCAAACACACAAAGAGGGAAGUCCAGAAUAAACAACUGAAGGAGACGGAGAAAGACAAAAACCUACUGCUGGCUGUUGCUGAGAGGGGGCUGAUGAGUGAGUAUACAACAGCUCACACAACAGCUCUACAAAACUCUGCUGCUCCCAGGGAACAUUGGGAAAAAUCAUCAGAGAGGAGUCGCAGUGCAGGAGCAAACGUCCAACUACCUGCAGGUGAGAGACUCUUGUCUGUUUUGGAGGAGCUCCACACUCUCAGUGCUGCAGUGGUAAACAGCUCUGAGGACUCUGCGGAGGAGGGACAGAGUGACAGCGUGGGACCAUCCACAGGCAGCCUGCACAGCUGAUACCUGAUGAUGAUUCACUGGAGACGGAGAACACACCUUUUAAUUUGUACAAAAGGUGGGCAGUGUUCAAGCUUUAAGGAGCCAAAGAAAAAUACAGCCAGUGGAAAGAAUUAGUUUGAGCCAAACAUCAGAAAACCAUGCCUAUUGCUACUGGCUGUAUAAGGAGAAGAAUAGCUAUUAAGUUUUUUCAAUACAUCUUGUGCGUCUGUCUGCAGGAUGACUUUUACUUUUAUUUAUUUCAAUCAACAUUUUGUGCUGUACAAAUAUUUGGAAAAUCUACUCAACGAGCAAGCUCUUCAGCUAAAUAACCUCCCCAGUAACACUAUGUUCCACAUUUCAUUUCUUUUGCUUAUUUUAAAUGAUAUUUGGCUUUAAACUUGGCCCCAGAAUAGAUUGAAUUGUGCCCACUGAAUUAAAGAAAUGCUUUAAAGUUUAAAAUCACACUUUGCAAAUCUUAUUCAGAGAAGAUAUAUUACAGAUAAACGUUUGUGUUUAUAAAAAAUAACUGAACAUAUGCUGAUGACUUUAAUAAAUGCAAUCUGUCAGAUAAAAAUACAGCUGGCAUAGCGCGCGUGAAUGAAAGUCUGUUCUGUUGACUUUGAUCCUACAAGUUUAUGUGAUGGUCCAAGUAUUUCUUUUUUAUGAGGAAACGUCUUUCAUUAUUUUCAAUAAAGUAUUUUUAUAUUGCAA